AUGGAUCAAGUACAAUCUCUCGUCGUCGAUAACGGAUCUGGUAUGUGCAAGGCCGGUUUCGCUGGUGAAGACGCACCUCGUUGUGUGUUCCCUUCCUUGAUUGGUAGACCAAAGCAACGUUCCAUCAUGGUUGGUAUGGGUAACAAGGAUGCCUAUGUUGGUGAUGAAGCAAUGUCGAAGAAAGGUAUUCUUGCAUUGAAAUAUCCUAUCGAGCAUGGUAUUGUCACUAAUUGGGAUGAUAUGGAAAAGAUUUGGCAUCAUACCUUCUACAAUGAAUUGAGAGCUGCUCCUGAGGAACAUCCUGUCUUACUCACUGAGGCUCCAUUGAAUCCAAAGGUCAACAGAGAGAAGAUGACUCAAAUCAUGUUUGAUACCUUCUCUGUUCCAGCCAUGUACGUUGCUAUUCAAGCUGUCUUGUCCUUGUAUGCUUCUGGUCGUACCACUGGUAUUGUCUUGGACUCUGGUGAUGGUGUUUCACACACUGUUCCAAUCUAUGAAGGUUAUGCGUUGCCACAUGCCAUUUUGAGAUUGGAUUUGGCUGGUAGAGACUUGACUGAUUAUUUGCAAAAGAUUCUCAUGGAACGUGGUUAUUCCUUCCAUACUAGUGCUGAGAGAGAAAUCGUUAGAGACAUUAAGGAAAAGUUGUGUUAUGUAGCAUUGGAUUUUGAAGGAGAAAUGAAGAAGGCCUCUGAUUCUUCCAGUAUUGACAAGUCCUAUGAAUUACCAGAUGGUAAUAUCAUUACUGUUGGUAAUGAAAGAUUCAGAUGUCCAGAAGUGUUGUUCCAACCAAACUUCAUUGGUAUGGAAUCUGCUGGUGUUCAUGAAACCACUUUCAACUCAAUUGGUAAAUGUGAUAUUGAUAUCAGAAAGGAUUUGUAUGCCAAUGUAGUCUUGUCUGGUGGUACUACCAUGUUUGAAGGUAUUGCUGACAGAAUGACCAAGGAAUUGACUGCUAUGGCUCCUGCAUCCAUGAGAAUUAAGGUUGUUGCUCCUCCAGAACGUAAAUAUUCAGUUUGGAUUGGUGGAUCAAUUUUGGCUUCUUUGUCUACCUUCCAAUCCAUGUGGAUCACCAAGGAAGAAUAUGAGGACGCCGGUCCAGGAAUUGUUCAUAGAAAGUGCUUCUAA